AUGCGAUUAAGGAAUUCAGACAGGGCACCACGUAGCUCAGGUCGUCUCAAUAAUGUUGCUUCAUGGAUCUCUGAAAUCAAAGACACAUCUAAUGUGGCCGUAAGAAAGAAAAGGGGGAGAAGAGCACCUCCAUCUGCUAAAAGAUUGCGUGAUAAAAGGGUGGAUAAGGCGAUUGAAAGUGAUGGUGCUGUUGACAGUGACAGCGAUGAUACAGAUGGACAGGUUGGCAAGGGUCAGCCUAGUGCACACAUUGAGGAACAUGUUGAUGGGAGAACUGGUGAUGACUUAGCAAAAGCAGGCCACUCAGGUAAUUCUUCCAAUGGUCCAUCCUCAGCUUCAGAAGAACAGGACCAUUCAACAAACUCUAAAGACAAGCUCCAAAAAGCUAGCUCUCAAAACACAAAGAAGGGUUUUGGAAACUCAACAAACAGCAAGCAAGGUGCAUCUCAUUUGGAACAGGAAGGUGCAAAUGAAGAUGGGUCUCAUGUUCAAGUCACUGCUGUGUACAAGGAUAUUGAUAAAGAAAGUUCUCAAAAGAUUAGGGAUGAUGCAUCCGAUGCACAAGUGGAUACAACUUCAUCUGACGAUAAAAGUUCAGAAGAAGUUGAAGAUGUGAAGGUGUGUGACAUAUGUGGAGAUAUUGGUGAGGAGGAGAAGCUCGCUGUCUGUAGCAGAUGCAAUGACGCGCGCAGAGCACACGGAACUCUUUUGAGCACUUGUUUUCAUUAUGUCUUCUCAGAUAUUGCAUGCGGGAAUGAGUAUGUUUUAAUAUCUCUUUGCUUCAGGUAUUGCAUGAUGGUAAUGAUGGAAGAAGUUCCAGAUGGUGACUGGUUGUGCGAAGACUGCCAAACUGCGGUAGAAUCUGAAAAGGAGAAUAGACUAGAAAAAUCUCAGGUGAAGGUUGACACUUCAAAAGAACUGUCCUUUGAAGGGGAGAUUAACAAACCUGCCAUUGCUGCAAAGAGCAGAAGUUCUUCUGACUGUGAACUGAAGGCUGAGAAUAUAGAAAACAAAGAGUCAGAUACCACAAAUGAGGGAAAUGAUAUGGUCAAAACCAGGACGGAAGAAGAUGCUGCUAUGACAUCGUCAAUUAGAGAUACUAUUCCUGAAACUGGUGGCUUGUACAUGGGGGCUGACUCCAGAAAGAGACUGCAACCAUCACACGAGAUAUUCAUGUCUGAUGCUGACAAAGGAAAGCAACCUAGCCAUCAAGUGGCAACUUCAUUGGCGGUUAAUGCUCUGAAGAAUCAGGCACCACAGUCUCGUGGUCAACUUUCCAAAUCCACUUCUUUCAACAACUCAAAGGUUCCAAAAGUGAAACAGCUAUUGAAUGAAGUUCCUCAGAAGCCGAAAAUUUGGAAGGAAUCUUGGUCUUCUCUUAUCAGUAAAAAGGAAGGGCCAAUCAGCAUGACUACUAAGUCAGCGACCUUCAAAAAGCCUAAGCCUUGUGAGCCAGCAAACAAGGCAAAGUCUUCCAUCUUGUCACCUGCCGAGGAGCCAAGGGCGACGAAUCAGUUGGUGAGCCAAAAUGUAACAAAUGGUCAGUGUUCUUCUAUAUUGGGGCCUCCCUCUGCCACAGCAUCAAUGGUUGCCCCUGUUCUAAAAACUGAUACCACAGCUCAGCUCCUCUCUACAAGAAAUAACACGGCUGACUCAAAUAAUUUAGGUGCUGUUCAUGUACAGGGUGGUAAAAAUUCUCUUGGAAACAGUGAGCUAAAGAAGCCUCCUUUAGCAAAAGUGCCCGGAAGUAUGAUGCUAUCUAAUGCUGAAAAAUCCUCAGGUGGGAUUCUUGGUUCCGGUGCUCAUAGAAAAGUGAUUCAAAAUUCAGAUCCUUCACAUAGGGAUACUAAAAUAAAGGACCAAACUGGCUUCAGACAGGGUGCUGCUAGCAGCAAUCGGACAAUCCGUUGCCAAAGAUGUAAUGAAGCGGGCCAUUCUGCACAAUCUUGUGGAUUUGAAAAACUUCACUCGUCUUCAGUAAAACCUUUGAGUGAGCAAAACUUGAAAGAUGCAUCUGCCAAAAGAAAUAAGACAUCCGAAACUAGUACACUGGCAUUUAGUGAAAAAGCUUCUUCCAGAGAAGAGAAUCAAUCAGAGCAUAUCGUAAAAUGUGGUACUUAUCAGAAUCUGAUAAAUGGGCCUAAAGAUAUGUUACCUUCCCCAUUCAGCCAUGUGAAGAAGCCCUCAUUAUCACCUCGAGCUAAUGUGCAGGAUAUGGGAUAUAUUUUGUCCAUCCCUGGGAGUGGAGUAGAUUAUAGCAAGCUGAAGUUCAAAGAUAAUCAUCCAUCUCUAUCUGCCACAGUAGGAACCUCUGCUGAUAAUGGUUGCAUUAUGCCAAAUGAUCAUAGGAAUGAACCUGCUCAAGGUUUUUCAGCUGGUGAUGAACCAAUGACUUCAACUGUCCCUGAGCUGGACUGGAUAUGGCAAGGUGGUUUUGAGCUGCAGAGGACCGGAAGAUCACCGGAGCUGUGUGAUGGUUUCCAAGCCCACUUAUCAUGUUCUGCUUCGCAGUUAGUGCUGGAUGUGGUUAAGAAAUUCCCUUCUAAAGUCCAGCUUGAGGAAGUUCCUCGGCAGAAUUCAUGGCCGACACAAUUUCAGGAAAAUGGUCCAACUUAUGACAACAUAGGUCUUUUUUUCUUUGCUAGAGAUGUUCAGAGCUAUGAAAAUCACUACAGUAAAUUAGUUGAAAAUAUGCUGAAGAAUGAUUUAGUUCUCAGAGGAAGUGUUGGUACUGUUGAGUUGCUUAUAUUCCCUUCCAAUAUCCUGUCAAAGAACUUCCAAAGGUGGAAUAUGUUCUACUUUCUAUGGGGUCUAUUCAGAGAUAGCAAAAAAGAUUCCUUUAACCUCCCAUCUUAUGUAUCCACAAGAAGACUAGAACGAAAUUUUAAUGAUGAUUCCCGGCCCAUGGAUUGGAGUACAUCUGCUUUGUCAUCUACUCACUCAUUCUCACAAAACAGGAGUGGUUUUGCCGAACUGGGCCCCAAUUUGAAACCUGAUUAUCCAGAACACCAAGAUAAAAUGAGGGACACUUUUGGUGGUAAUGUUAGUGAAAGAGAUUUUGAUGUGAACAUGGUGCCAGUUACUUGUUCUGUCUCCUUAACCCAUCUUCAGGAAGACCAUGUAAAUACCUGUGAGGUUAGCACAGGUGCACUGGAUCGUUCACAUGCAUCAGGUGGUGCAAGUAAAAGAAGUUUUGAGAUGGCCAAAGUAGCUGAUGAAGUCGAUGAAGAACCUGAGCAUAAGAAAAUUAAAUUGGAUAAUGUAGUGUCUAUGAACUCUGGUUCAUGCGAGAAUGCCUACAAUGGAAGGUUAUCAUCUAAGGUGCAUCCCCUUUCAGCUUCCUCUUUGAAUGAUGGCACUAGCAAUAAACUGAUGGCUGGAAGCUCAAGCAGUGAUGGAAAGUGCGUGUUUCCACUUGAUCUAAAUGCAGUGGAUGAUGAGAACAUCAUAAAUAUUCCGUCUUCAGAUGAUGAAGAGUUACCAGACCCUGUUCCAUUACAGGUUGGAAAGCAGACCAAGGGAGAUUUAUCCCUCUCGCUUGCAUUUCCAUCAGGGAAGGAACUAGGUAGCAAACCACAAUUCGAGCCACAGAGACACUUGCCUGAGAGGAGCAAUAGGAAUAAUACAUCAUCCAUUUGGGGCCAACAGUGA